AUGGAGCUCGACUUGGGUACGAUAUCAGCCUCACGGCUGUUCGCCAUGUACACCUCUAAUCUAGUUUGGUCUCUGUUUUUGACGUCAACCGCUCUUCACGCAGUGGCACUUAUCACUAGUCCUGUACAAGCAGUCUACAAAUGGAUUCGACGCCAGAGCAGCGACAGUGACACCCCCAUACCAUAUAUUUGUGCAGUUAUUGGAUCCUCCUUAUGGCUCCGAUACUCUAUAUUUCUCCGUGAUACAAAACUGAUUCUCCUGCAGACUUACGCAGUAUCAAUGCAACUCUUCUUCGUAGUUGCCCUGAUUUUCUACAGGACUAAACGACGAAAGCUAAUCCGUUUAAUGACUGGAAUCGCAGCAGCAAUGUCACUUCUCUUCCUCUAUAUAGACAAUCUAAACGAUGAGGACGGGAAGGAAUUCACUGGCCGCAUCGCCUCUGGCGCUCAAAUCGCUGGGUCUCUCGUCUGCCCCUACCUCAUAUAUAAAGCGGUAACAUCGAAAUGCAUCGACUUUGUACCCCUAGCGCCGGUGGUUUUCACAUGGGUUAUGGAGUUGCACGCGAUAGUGUACAGUAUUGGGAUUGACGACUUUUAUAUGCUGCUUGCCAACGUGAUAUUCUUCUGCAUGGACGGCUCACUGCUCUCCAUGUUCUUCGUGUACCCGACAGAGAAAAAGAAGAAGAAUCUGAAGUCACCGAUUCCGACGGUCAUGUAA